UAUUAAUUCACUCCUCAUUAUUAAUGAUAAUAAUGAUUAGAAUCAGAAUCAUGGUCAAGAAAAAAAUAGCUCCAGCUCUGUGUCUCUGAAUAUCAGCUCUUUUUGUUUUCUUCUCCAAAACUUGCCUCAUUUUUUGUUCUCUUUCCAUCUUUUCCUUCCUUUCCUGUCCACAGCUUGCCUUCAUUUGUUGUCUUUGGUAUCUAAAUUACGCAAGUCCGCAUAAUUCGAUUCUAGAUUUGGCGUAGCAUAUUUGAUUUACCAGAGAUCAGGAGGCGUUUCCCAAAAUUUUCGAUUCGUUUCUGUAUCCUGGAUGUCACAGGAAUUAGGGUUCAAAGUGGGUCAAUGACGGUUUGAUUUGAGAAGACAGCGGAGAUGCUAUGUGCUGAAAGAGUCUACGGGUAUGCUGCGUGCCUUCGCUCGUAUGCACUGGUGGGUGGAUUGAGCAUUUGAAGUUUUGAAUGCAUGAGUAAUUGAUUCCCGGGCACGGCGGCUGGCUCGGGAUUCAUUGAUUUUAUUAGCGGGGAUCUGAUCAACUGCCAAUGGCUGCGUCAGGGAACGCUCCACCGCCAGAACCCCAUUUUCUCAAUGGGCUGCAGCCGGAACAGUCUUCACCUCCAGAUGGCGUUAUGGAUAAAUUUCGACUAUAUGAAACUCGCGCGAAUUUUUACCUGAUAGGGAGGAAUAAGAGUAGAACAUACUGGCGAGUUUUGAAAAUUGACAGGAUGGAGCCUUCUGAGCUUAACAUUCUUGAAGAUUCAACGACUUACACAGCAAGUGAGUGCUCUGAUUUGUUGAAGAGAAUACAUGAAGGAAACAGAUCCACAGGGGGUUUGAAGCUUGUCACCACGUGUUAUGGAAUUGUUGGUUUUAUAAAGUUUUUGGGUCCUUAUUACAUGGUGCUUAUUACCAAGAGGAAGCAGAUUGGUGACAUCUGUGGUCAUACCAUAUAUGCAAUCUCUAAGAGUGAGAUAAUCCCACUUCCAAGUUCUUCUGUUCAGUCCAAGAUGGCUAAUUAUAAAAGUGAAUGCAGAUAUAAGAAGCUCAUGUGUAUGGUGGAUCUUACAAAGGACUUCUUCUUCAGCUAUUCAUACCACAUAAUGAGGAGUCUACAAAAAAACAUGUGUGAUAAUGAAACAGGGCAAGUUCCUUAUGAUACCAUGUUUGUCUGGAAUGAGUUUUUGACCCGUGGAAUACGGAAUAUCAUCAGUAAUACUUUCUGGACAGUAGCACUGGUCUAUGGAUUUUUCAAGCAGUCUAGCAUUUCAAUAUCUGGGCGGUACUUCAAAUUGGCACUUAUUGCGAGGCGUUCCCGCCAUUAUGCUGGCAUGAGAUAUUUGAAACGAGGAGUGAAUGAAAAGGGAAGGGUAGCCAAUGAUGUUGAAACAGAACAAAUUGUAGUUGAGGAUGCUGUGGAAGGGUUUCCAAUGCAAAUUAGCUCUGUUGUCCAAAACCGUGGGUCAAUUCCACUCUUCUGGUCACAGGAAACUUCACGUCUAAAUAUUAAGCCUGAUAUAACAUUGUCAAAGAGGGAUCAAACUUACAAAGCAACCAGACUGCACUUUGAGAACCUUUCCAAGAGAUAUGGAAACCCCAUAAUUAUAUUGAAUCUAAUAAAGACGCAUGAAAAAAAACCUCGGGAAUCUGUUCUUCGUACCGAGUUUGCUAAUGCUAUAGAAUCCAUCAACAAUGAUUUAUCAGAAGAACAUCGCCUUAAGUUCCUUCACUGGGAUUUGCACAAGCACUCACGGGGCAAAGCAACAAAUGUCCUGUUUUUCCUUGGGAAAGUGGCGACUUAUGCAUUGACUUUGACUGGCUUCUUCUACUGCAAUGCCGCACCAUCCUUGAGAUCUGAAGCAUCUCCAUGGCAGCCCCAUCUUGAGAGCGCUGCUGCAAGCUGUAUGGUUCAACUAGGACAUUUUAAUACUGAUAAUGAGAAACUUGGUGAUGAUGAGAAUGGCAACUCAGAUAAAGCUGAUGGGAAUUCUACUGGUAAUCCUUCCGCUAAGCCUCUAAUGCUACAGAAGGGGGUGCUCAGGACAAACUGCAUAGAUUGUUUGGACAGAACUAAUGUUGCACAAUAUGCAUAUGGUUUGGCUGCUUUGGGUCAUCAGCUUUGUGCCCUGGGAGUUACGACUACAACAAAUAUUGACCUCGAUGAUCCUUUGGCUGAGGAUUUAAUGGGAUUCUAUGAGAGAAUGGGUGAUACACUUGCUCAUCAGUAUGGUGGUUCUGCCGCUCAUAACAAGGUUUUCUCACAGAGAAGGGGUCAGUGGAAAGCUGCCACACAAUCACAGGAGUUCUUGAGAACUCUUCAGAGAUACUACAACAAUGCAUAUAUGGAUGCAGAAAAACAGAAUGCUAUUAAUAUAUUCUUGGGACACUUUCAGCCUCAAGAAGGAAAACCUGACAUUUGGGAGCUGGAUUCUGACCAGCAUUACAAUGUGGGUAGGAAUGUGGAGUCCAAUAUUGAUGAAAAUGGAAGAUCAAUCUUCAAAAGAUCAUUCUCAGAUGGGAACAUUCUUCAUGAAAUCCAAUCACCCUUACCCACCAGGACCUUUGAAAGAGAUUUUUCUAACAUCGACUUUUCUGAUCAAUCGAAAGGAAGGAAUGUCCUCUCUCCAUCAACCCCAGAAAUCUCAAGUUGCAAAAGUGAUUUGGCAUAUUCUAGGUGUACUCCAUCUAUGCCUGCAAAAGAGCUUUUUCUAGAACUGCAGGGAGAUAGAAGCGUUGAACAUGAAAAUGGGGAUGCAUCUGAUUGCUCAAACUUUGUUGACCUAGAUUGGCUUUCUUCUUCUGGGAAUUCCUAUGAUGAAGAGUUACUAGAAAGAUCAAUGUACACAAUCUCUCCAACUGCGGGUACAUCCUCAGAUAAUGUUGUCAGUGGAAUGUUGGGAGAAACUGCCAGUGAGGGUGAAUCUAGUACGAAGGGAAAGAGGUGUGAUGUGGUUGGAAUAGAAGAAGUUGCUUACAAAGAUAGCCAUAUAUACAAAGUUCUUGAAGAAUUCUCAGACAGUUUUGUGGGUUGGGUUACGUAUGGGGAGACACUCUGUCAUUGAUUAAUAAAUAUGUGAUUCUAAAUGUGCAUCUCAAGUCAACCAACCAAGAGACGUUGAGAGGAUGAACCUCGUCAAGUGAUAUACUGAAUACUGACUGCCAAAUAAUCAUAAGAAUUAUUCUUUUAGGAGGGCAAGUGCUGCUGCUGCUGCUUUCCUCAUCUUUUCGUUUCUUUUCUUUUCUUCGGAAUCAUGUACCUCCACCCCUCAGCUACCUACCCACUCCACUAUUGUUGUAAAUGAAUAUGUACACGUGUUUUUGACAGGACUUGUGAGUGAGAGACUGAGAGCUCUACUUUAUGUAUAUUCUUCUCCAUGCCGAUUGAUUCGACAGUGUCUACUACAUGUUUGUAUAAGUGAUAACAAGUGCCUUGACAUAUUUAGGACAUUGGAUGAUGAAGUUCUAAUGUAUUUUGGACCAACACUUUCUGUUGAUCGAUUUUGCAUAUAAUAACAGUU